ACGGUUGGACUGAUGGCGGUCAGCGAAUGGCAUUCGAACCUCGGCGCUGUAACUGGGAUUAUUUCUUUUUGGACAGCGGAGACCGGCUGUGGGUCUGGCUGCGACGACUGGGAGCUGCCUCUGGAUGAUAUCCCCCCCACACACACACACACAGCCUGGAGGAAUCAAGGACGAUGCCUUUUCUGCACGGCUUCCGCAGGAUCAUCUUUGAAUACCAGCCGCUGGUGGAUGAAAUCUUAGGGUGUCUGGGGCUACAGGACCCCGACCGGCAGGAAACCCUGGAGAGUCCCAGCUGUGUGGCAGAAGACGACGGCCGACUUCUGGUCCUGAGCGAGCUUCUGGAGAGAGAGGCCCGUUCGCCGUUUUAUGAGGAAGGCGUGAGCUACGCUUUACUCAAAGUGGCCGAGCUGGGCCUGGUGCCUGCGGCGGAAAUCCUUCUGCACAAUGGGGCGGACAUCAUCUUUGAAGAUCCGGUCACCUACUACACCGCUCUACACAUUGCUGUUCUCCGGAACCAGCCAGACAUGGUGGAACUCUUAGUGCGGCGUGGCGCGGACAUCAACCGGAGGGACCGGAUCCACGAGAGCAGCCCCCUUGACCUCGCCAGCGAAGAAUCGGAACGCCUGCCCUGCCUGCAGCGUCUCCUGGAACUCGGGGCCGACAUCAAUGCUGCCGAUAAGCACGGAAAAACCGCUUUAUUGCACGCGCUGGCCAGCAGUGACGGAGUUCAGAUCCACAACACGGACAACAUCCGCCUCUUGCUGGAAGGAGGCGCCGAUGUCAAGGCCACAACGAAAGACGGCGACACGGUCUUCACCUUCAUCAUCUUCCUGCUUGGAGAGACGGUGGGAGGGGACCCAGAGGAAGUCAAGAUGAUCAACCGCUUCUGUUUCCAGGUCACCCGCCUCCUAAUGGCCCACGGGGCCGAUCCCAGCGAAUGCCCCUCUUACGAAUCCCUCUCGUAUCUCUGCUUGAAGAGUUUCCGCCUCCACUUCCCGCUCUUGCGCUUCCUCCUAGAGUCCGGGGCGUCUUACAACUGCUCCCUCCACGGGCCUUCCUGCUGGUCCGGGUUCGAGAUUGUGUUCGAAAGACUGUGCUCCCACCUCAGCGAAUCUGAAGAUGACCGCUUCUCGAUUGACCUCCUGCAGAAGGCCGAGAAGGCCCUCGACCUCAUGGUGGCCAGCUCUCCCACCGUCCGCCUGCCCAGCAAUUUUGAAAUCAACCUGAACAGUUGCCGUUUCCACAGGGAGAAAAUCCAGGCCCUCUUCACCUCCCUGAAACAGCUGGAACGCUCUCCUGCCCCCUUGAAGCACCUCUGCCGGGUUUACCUCCGGCAGCACCUCCGCCCCUGGCCGGUAGAUGCCAAGGUCCGGGCUCUCCCCCUGCCUGACAGGCUAAAAAGAUACCUCCUCGUAGAUCAGAACAGUUCCAUGGAGGAAGAGGCGUGACCUGGCGGAAGCGAGGGGCACGGACCAAGGAGAGGUCGUUCCACGCUGGGGUUGAGGGGCUCCCUUCCUUUAGGGGCGGCCAGCCGCUCGAGGCCUUCCUUCGUGCCAACCAGCUCACUCUACACUUGGCCAACCAUGGCGAAAUUCACCCAUCUGUUGCGAUCCGCUCAUCUGUCUAUGAACACACUGGCCUUGACCCCGUUAACGGGCAGAGAUGUGCCUCUUGGGACUGAGAAUCUGCCAUCAAGACAUUGGAAGGCAGAGCGGUGAUGCUUGUUUGCGGAACUGUGCCUUGAACAAGAAUGAAUUCAGCUCUUCGUCUUCCUUGGGCUGGAGACACUCCCGCAUGGUCUUGGGGAACAGCCUUUUCUCACCACCAUUAAAAGUGACAUGUCUGAAGCA